UUCAAUGCCAAAUCCAUGCCUGUUGCCCAGUCAAUUGCUUCAAAAUCGCUAGUUCUCCUCGACAAAUCUAGAGUAGGGAAACUCUGUACGUUGUUUAGGACAGCCCAUGGGAUGGCAAAGUCAGGUCGACCAUACACGGAUUUUGUAUGGUUAUGUAGCCUAAAUGAAGCUAAUGGUCUGGACAUUGGUAAAACCUACAGAAAUGACAAGGCAGCUCAAAAAUUUGUAACCACUAUUGCGGACACCCAACAGGAUAUUCAGAAGGAGAUAGUUGAUAAAGCAAAUUUCAUUUCAAUCAUUUCCGAUGGCAGCACCGACACUGCAAGCAGAGAGACCGAGAUCAUUUAUCUCAGGACCUCACUGAAAUGCCAGGAAGCAAAAGGUCAACAACAUGUCAUGGUGCUCCAUGGAGGUUCA